GCAACUAAGCGGGGGGUCUGGACCUCUGCCAUUCUUACAAAAGCGUCGCGGAUCCUCUGCGAGUCAAAGCCGAGCGCGCGCAUCCUCCGAGAGAAUUUCCCGCGCUCUGAGAGGAGUAACAUUAGACAGGUAACUUUCAAACGGUCCCGUUUUCUUUUACAUUCUUGUGGAUUUUGAACUUUGUGAGAUGUUUUCGUGACUAGCGUCUUAUAAAGCAGCUGUAAACAUAAAAAACAAACAAACAAGUCAAUCAAAAUUAGGCUAUUAGUGCGCUGAAUGACUUUUUAAUGUCCACGGACGAUAUGCUGGCUUGCUUCUGACUGAUCCUGAAGAGAUUUUUAAAAAUGCCUCGGCCAGGCAAGAACUCCUACAGUGACCAGAAGCCUCCAUACUCGUACAUCUCUCUGACCGCCAUGGCUAUUCAAAGCUCCUCUGAGAAGAUGCUCCCCCUCAGCGACAUCUACAAAUUCAUCAUGGACCGUUUCCCGUAUUACCGUGAGAACACCCAACGCUGGCAGAACUCGCUCCGGCACAACCUUUCCUUCAACGACUGCUUCAUUAAGAUCCCCCGGCGGCCUGACCAGCCGGGAAAGGGCAGCUUCUGGGCCCUGCAUCCGGACUGUGGAGACAUGUUCGAGAACGGCAGCUUCCUGCGCCGCCGCAAGCGCUUCAAGCUCCUCCGGGUGGAGCAUUCGGCUUGCAAGAGCGGCCCCGUGCUGCACUCCUACCACUCUCAUGCCCAGCAUGCCUUGCACCAAUCCCACCACCAUUCGGGCAAGCUGUCCGUGGGACAUCCGGAAUACCUGGGCACCAUGGGCCGGCUCUCCCACUUCCAGAGCUACACACUUGGCGGCGGGCAGAGCGGCAGCUUCAAACACCCGUUCGCCAUCGAGAGCUUGAUUGGCAGAGACUAUAAAGGAGUGAUGGCCAGUGGGUUGCCCAUCGCCUCGGUCAUGCAUCACCUCGGGUAUCCUGUGCCCGCUCAACUGGGCAGCAUGGUCAACUCGGUGUGGCCCCAUGUGGGCAUGCUGUCUGAGCCGGUGUCCUCAGAAUACCCACCGUUCAAUGUGGCGGUCAAGGGGCUGUACCAUCAUCACCCAGGAACCCAAAGCAUGCCUGCUGUGCCCGUGCCCAUCAAACCCACACCAACCCUGGGCGCAGUCCCGUCUUUGACUGGCAUGGCGCCGGGAGUAACGCAGCUGUGCCCGAGAACAGCAGCGCUGAUGGAGAGAGACGCAACGGCUCUUGCUGAGGAGAAAAGCGGGUCUCUCCAUCCUGCUCUCCUGCAGUCCUGAGCCAAACGCUGAAGACUGAGACACGAGGGGACAUAGAGCAUGUUUUGGGGACGGCUGUGGACUGAUUUGACAUGCCAGCCUUUUCCGGAAGAUGCUUUAAGAACUGUUUUUUUUUUUUUUUUGGCUGUGUGUUAAAUUCUGCAGAGUGCAGAUUGUCAGAAUUGGGCAGUUUUCUGCUUUAUGGUAUGUGCACAUCUUUUAAAAAAACCCUGAACUGUAUAAACUGGAAAAAGAAAAACAUUGAUGUACAUUUUGUAAACCCAUGAACAUUAAGCCUUAUAAAAGCUACACAGUCCGUGUGUAAUGAAUUAAAAACGAUGACUUGCAUGCUAGUGUGCCACAUUCGAAACAGUGGAUUGUUGUGCGUCUGGGAGAGAGUCAUGAAAUAACCCAAAGUGAAUUUUUUGCUAAAUUAUUGCAUUCAUGUAACAUAGAAAAUACCUUUAUGUUAAAAUGUUGUUAUAUAUCAUCAUAAAUGUUAUACAUGUAAAUAGGUGUAGAAUAUCAUCACUAAACAGCAUUUGAAUUGCACUUGUGGUAUUUGCUAACACAACAUUUAAAUAUUUUACGAAGAUGAAACAAUCAAAUAGACAAUUCUAGUGUUUAAAAGCAGCCCUGGUUUAAGUGUGCUGUUUUAAAGUGGCAUGUGAGUUAAAAAAAAAAACAGUA